CCAGUGUAACUGUGGUACAGUACUAGUGGUUUGGCACCUGAGUGAGUAACCCCCCUACUCGUCACGGUCAUAGAUCAUCAUGUCAGACACAGAAGAAGUUGAAUAUGAGGAACAGGAACAUACAGCGGGAGAACAGGGAGACGAAGCUGGGGAAGCCAAACCGAAACCCAAGCCAUCUUUCACAUGUCCUCUUAUUCCACCGAAGAUCCCGGACGGAGAGAAAGUCGACUUUGAUGACAUCCAUCGAAAACGCAUGGAGAAGGACUUGACCGAGCUGCAGAGUCUGAUUGAAGCCCACUUUGAGAACCGCAAGAAAGAGGAAGAGGAGCUUAUAGGCCUCACUGACCGCAUCGAGAAACGCAGGGCCGAGCGAGCGGAACAGUUACGCAUCCGGGCAGAGAAGGAGAAAGAGCGCCAGAACAAACUAAAUGAGGAGAAGGCACGGAAAGAGGAGGAGGAAGCAAAGAAGAAAGCCGACGACGAUGCCAAGAAGAAGAGGGUCCUGACGAGUCUGCAUGUGACGGGAUACAUGCAGAAGGAGAAGCGCAGUGGGCCAAAGAAGCAGACAGAGAGAGAGAAGAAGAAGAAAAUCCUCAGCGAUCGACGCAAAGAGUUGAACAUCACCCAACUGAAUGAAGAUAAGCUCAGAGAGAAGGCCAAAGAACUGUGGGAGUGGAUGCACCAGCUGGAGGCCGAGAGCUUUGAGCUUCAGUAUAAGUACACACGACAGAAAUAUGAGGUAACAGUUCUUAGGAAUCGAGUGAGCGACCACCAGAAGAUCUCUAAAGGCGCACGGAGCAAGAGAGGCCUCAGGAAAUGAAAGUCCAAGACGAUGGCGGGACUCCAUGUGCUUUGUCAGACAGGGCCUGCCCUUGUCUAGUCUGGUGCUCUAUGAUGUAGACUGGAUUGUUUGUAGGAACACUUGACAUGUUCAAUAGCUGUUGUGUGUUUCAUGUACAAUCCGUAUAGUGCUUUACAUUAUCAGAUUAAUCUCACUAUGUCUCAAUUAAAUUUAUA